AUGGCCAUACAGUGUUUGCUGCAGUACGUGGGCUCUGGCUCACUGCUCUGUCUGGCAGCAGGGCUGGUCGUGCUCCUUUACUUUCUUACCAGCUUGAAGAAGUCGGUUUGCAGUUUGCCUCCCGGGCCACGACCUCUUCCUCUGAUUGGAAACUUGAAUGUGGUGGACCUGAAAAAGCCGUUCCAGUCGCUGACAGAGCUCUCCAAGAUAUAUGGCAAUGUCUUCACUGUGUAUUUUGGACCCAGGAGAGCUGUGGUACUGGCUGGAUACGAAACCAUCAAGGAUGCCCUUUUAAAUCAUGCUGAAGAAUUUGGAGAGAGGGCAGAAAUACCCAUAUUUAGGAAAAUGACACAAGGAAAUGGCAUAGCAUUCAGCCAUGGAGAGCAAUGGAAAACUAUGAGAAGAUUCACUUUGUCCACGCUGCGAGAUUUUGGAAUGGGAAGGAGAACCAUUGAGAUCCGAAUCCUGGAGGAAGUAAAUUCCCUUAUCAAAUAUUUUGAAUCCUAUCACGGGAAACCAUUUGAUACGAGGAUGAUACUCAACAAUGCUGUGUCUAAUGUCAUCUGCUCUGUGUUGUUUGGAGAGAGGUUUGAAUAUGAUGAUCCUGCAUUUCUAAUUUUGCUGAAGCUGAUAAAUGAGAAUACUAAGCUGUUGGGCUCCCCUAUGGUGCUGUUAUAUAACUUCUACCCAUCCCUUGGAUUUCUCUUUGGAGCUUCCAGGACUGUGCUACAAAAUGUCAGUGAGCUGAAUGCUUUUCUGCAGAAGCUCUUCCAGGAACACAAAGAAGAGUUUAAUGAAAACAACUUAACAGGCUUUGUUGAUGCCUUUCUGAUGAAGCAACAACAGGAGUCAAAGAAACCCCACACUAUGUUCAGCAAUGGAAACUUGUUGUUUUCAACCCUGGAUCUCUUUGCUGCUGGGACUGAGACUACUUCUACGACUGUGCGCUGGGGUCUUCUUCUGAUGAUGAAAUACCCAGAAAUUCAGAGAAAGAUUCAGGAAGAAAUGAACCAAGUCAUUGAACCAGGAGAGCUGCCUAAGUUGGAGGACCGGAAAAAAAUGCCUUAUACAGAUGCAGUGAUACAUGAAAUACAAAGGUUUGCCAAUAUUGUCCCAAUGGGUGUAUCACGAUCAACUCCUACUGAUGUGAAUUUCCAAGGUUACAUGAUUCCUAAGGGUACAGAGAUUAUUCCACUGCUGACCUCUGCUCUGAAUGAUGAGUUACACUGGAAAACUCCACAUCAGUUCAACCCUUCCCACUUCCUGGAUGCUGAUGGGAACUUCGCUAGGAGAGAGGCAUUUAUUCCAUUCUCCAUAGGACGAAGGGCUUGCGUUGGAGAAGGACUGGCCAAAAUGGAGCUGUUCCUCUUCUUUGCGGGGUUACUCCGCAAAUUUGUUUUCCAACCCCCUCCAGGAGUGGAUAAGUCAGACCUAGAUCUCACUGCUGAUGUUGGCUUCACCUUGAACCCAAUGCCUCACCUGGUUUGUGCUAUGCCCUACGAAUGA